CUGCUGAGUUAAACUGGGGAGGCUGGAAGGAAGCUAGACGGGGCUACUCUGAGAACGGCUGAUGCUGGUAAUGCCUGCCCAGCUACCUUGGACUCCUCAUUUUCUCUGGGUGUUUCUCUAGGAAGCAAAAAAGAAGCAACACCAUGUCCAGAGCACAACCACCAGAAGAGAACAAAAGGAAGCCAGUUUUGGGGAAACUUGGCAAUCUGUUCACGGCAGGAAGGAGAAGGAACACCAGAAACGGGUUAGAGAGUCCCACCCGCUCAAAUGCCAAACCAGCCUCUCCCAAAGAUGUAACCUCCCCCCAACUCCCUGAAAGAGAAGAUGAGAAGAAGAAAUCUCAGGGCAGCCAACCAGAGCAAACCGACGAGCGCCAGGACGGCUUCCCCCAGGAGAAGCCCCAGGAGCCAGAAGGCGAGCCCUCCGAUACCUGUGUCCAAGUAGCCCGCCCUGUCGCCGAGCUGUCACCUUGCUCGAGCAGCAAUGCAGCGGCGGCUGUGCAACUGUGCCGUGAAAGUGAAUCACCGCAACUAGAACCUGUGGCCUCAGCUGGAGAGCCCUUCCCAGAUGCCAUCGCCGCUGCCAAGCAGCUGCAUUCCUCACUGGAGAGUUGCCCCAGGCAAGAGAACGCAGAGACGCUAGCCCGCAUUCCCGGGGAGGACGCUUCGUUCUGCGCUGCUCCAGAACGGGAGCCAGCCCAGGGUGCAGGGGGUGUGCUGGGGUCACCUACUGGGGAGAGACCUGAGAGCGGUGCCGAAGGAGGCUCUCUGGGCCCCCAAGACACGCAAGGCCAGUCCCCAGGGAACGCAGUUGCUCCGCCAGGUGAGCCUUCUGCCGAGGGCUCAGAGACCUGGGCCGGCUCCGCACAAGCGAACGACAGAGCCGGGCCCAGAGGACUAGAGUGCCGGCCGGGCGAGCGUGCCCAUCCAGCCAAAGUGUUAACUUUGGACAUCUUCUUGAGUAAGACUGAGGUGGCGCAGGUGGACGAGCCGGUGGUCAUUACUCCCGGGGCAGACGAUUGCAGCGACCACGACGACAUGGAUAAGAGGGCCGGCGGCCGCAGAUCGGGGCGGCGGAGGAAGUCGCAGAAAUCCGGCGACUCGCCGGGCUCGGACACGGCCCCGCCAGACAGUGCGGCGCGAGACGACGCGGUGUUCGACUACGAGGUGGCGCCAAACGCCGCCACGGAGAACGGCUCUGCGGAAAAGAAAGUGAAAUCUCCGCGAGCUGCCCGGGACGCGAGUCCGGAGUCCAAGACCGGCCCCGGAUCCAAAGGGCAGCCCCGAGGGGAGUCGGACCGCAGCAAACAGCCUCUGCCGGCCACGUCCCCCACCAAAAAGAGGGGCAAGAGCCGCAUCUCCGAAGCUGUGCCCAUCCCGCCGGCUGCAGGCCCAAGGACUCCUGCCAAGGAGUCCCCGCCCAAGAGGUCCCCGGCGCCCGACUCCAGCCCCGCCGCCAAGGCUGCGGCGGCGGAGAACGGGGAGGAGGCGUCCCGGGUCGUCCCCCGCGAGCUCACGGUCAAGAGCAGCUCUCUGCUGCCCGAGAUCAAGCCGGAGCACAAGCGGGGACCGCUCCCCAACCACUUCGACAGCCGGGGAGAAGGAAGUCGGGGCAAAGAGCUGGGCAGAUGGUCCGGAGUUGCCGACGCGGACGGCUCGAAGCCCAGGAACCACUUCGGGGUGGACAGGUCGACGGUGACCACCAAAGUAACCCUCCCUGCCAAGCCCAAACACGUGGAACUAAAUUUUAAAAACCCCAAGAAUCUUGACAGUUUGGGAAAUGAGCAUAAUCCAUUCAGCCAGCCUGUUCACAAAGGAAACACUGCCACCAAAAUCUCCUUAUUCGAAAACAAACGGGCAAAUAGUAGCCCAAGACACACUGAUAUUCGAGGCACAAGGAGCACCCUUGCCUCUAACAAGACAUUUGUCGGGAGGGCGAAGCUGAAUUUAGCCAAAAAAGGCAAGGAGAUGGACCAACCUGAAAAAAAAGUAAUGCCAAAUCGUCACCAGAAUGGUGUCGUGGGGAAGGAAACCUCUGCAGAAACCAAAGUUAUUCUCCCUGAAGAGGAGAUGCUCCCAGCUACCGGCAGCCCCGGGAUAAGAGGCAUGGAAGGUGAGCCUACUCAGGAUCCAGCUGCUCGUUCUGAGCUUAAACAGGGUGACCAGGCAGAUGUUCACAUAGAUGCUGGCUGCCCAUCUGAACCAGAGGCUGCUGCUCUGAUUUCUGUCCAGGACCACAAGCUCUUAGGAGAGGGCGACUCAAAGGCUGCUGACAGCAAAAGACUUGUCCUUGAGAAUAUGACUGAAACAGCACAAGACAUUCCUGCCAUUCUUGAUGCCAGAGAUUCACCAGCAGCUGCACCAAGGCCACAGGAUACACCUUCUGACUCACAGCCCCCCGCUGAGUCAUGUAAGCAGCCUUGCUCACUGCCUGUGCCCGUUCCUGUGGCUGUUCCCAAAGACACAUGUGCUGCAGCUCCCAUCAGCAACUUCCCAUGCACUGAUCUAAAAGUGUCAGAAAACCAUAGUGGAGGUGUUUUGCCUGAGUCUCUUCCAGAUCAUGAGAAAAUGCCCCCCUCCACACUUGGAGGAGAGGGAGAAGCAACCCCUCCUUUGUCCACAGAGCACAGCCCAGAAGUUGUGGGAAUUGAGAGCCCGUCCAAGGUCCUCGUCCAGGUCAGGUCCUUUGUUCUUCCCGUGGAGAGCACCCAGGAUGUGAGCUCCCACAUCAUCUCCGAUAGCACUGAAGUUAGAGAAGUGCAGUUGCCAAGUUGUCACAAUAAUGAACUUGAAGUGGUUUCCGUUGCAAGCUGUGCUCCCCAGAAAGAGGAAGUCCUGGGCAAUAAGAGCACACCACCCAAACACAUUCAUUGCGAAGAGGAACACGUAGCAAAAUCUGGCCCACCAGUCAUGCCGCUGGAAUCAGAGAAAACUCUGUCUAUCCAGGUUCCAAGUCAGGAGAACAGAACACCCCUGGUGGUUGGUUCCAGUCCCACUCACUCCCCUGCCAGCAGAGAUCAUUUAGAGACUCCUCAAAGGCCAGAUCAAAAUGUUGUGAAUGGCCAGAGCAGCCCUGCCUGUGUCUUGAACGUUUCUGCUGGUAGUGAUGAUAGUGUAUUUGAUUCUUCUUCAGAUAUGGAAAAAUUCACUGAAAUUAUCAAAAACAUGGACAGCACAGUUUGUGUGCCUCAGAAAAAAAAGAAAGCCAGAGUGCCAAACUCUCCUACCCCUCACUUUUUCAUGCCUCCUAUUCAUGAGGACAAUUUGGAAAAGGUGUUUGAUCCCAACGUGUUUACCUUUGGUUUGGGGAAGAAGAAGGGUAGCCAGCCAGAAAUGUCACCAGCCUUACAGCUGAUGCAGAAUCUAGACACAAAAUCCACACUGAGGCCCAAACGUACGUCCACCGAGCAGAGUAUCCUCUUCAAGUCCUCACAGGCUCACACUAAUGGGAAAGAUACCCCUCUGGCGACUCCAGAAAUAAAUGACAAAGAGAACAGGGAUGUCACAAAUGGCGGAGUGAAGAGAUCCAGGCUAGAAAAAAGUGCACUUUUCUCAAGCAUGCUGUCUUCUUUACCACAAGACAAAAUCUUUUCUCCCUCGGUAACAUCAGUCAGUACCAUGACCACAACUUUCAGCUCUUCUCAGAACACUUCUCUUUCUCGGUCUUCUGCGUCACAGCCCGUCGCCGAGGGUGCCCCACCCUGCACUGCAGAUAGAGAACAGCCACACCUUCCGCCCAACAGCUUCCUAAAGGUCUUCAAUUUCGACUCGUCAAAUGCAUCUCAUUCAGGUUUGAAAAGUCCAAGCUACAUGGAAAAAUACCUGCAGAAAGAGGAAACCCAAAAAGACCUGGAUUCACGAAGCAACCUACACUUGCCAGAAACUAAGUUUUCUGAGUUUUCAAAACUGAAGAACAGUGAAGAUCCGGAAAAAGCGAACCACGUUGAAAGCACUCUUACAUCAAGCUUGCCGAACUAUGGGAACAGUGACACCGACUUCAUGGGUCUUUUCAAGUCCAGAAGGUUUGACUCAAACCUUUCUUUCCCUGGAAUGUCAUUAUCAGAUCCAACAAUGCUUAGAGGAGGUGUCCAAAGUAAAAUCAAUCCCCGACCUGGAAAGGUAGUAAUCUACAGUCAGCCGGAUGUCUCCGAGGAGUGUAUCGAGGUCUUCAGCGAUGCCGAGGACUGCAGCUCGUGGAGCCUCUCGCCCGUGGUCCUCCUGAAAGUCGUCCGAGGAUGUUGGAUUUUGUACGAGAAACCAAAUUUUGAGGGGCAUUCCAUCCCCUUAGAAGAAGGAGAAUUGGAACUUACUGCUCUCUGGGGGACAGAAGAUAUUUUGGAAAGAAAAGAGGAGGAAGAAUCUGCUAAGCCUGUGGUGAUUGGUUCAUUGAGACAUGUAGUCAAGGAUUACAGAGUUAGUCAUAUUGACUUAUUUACGGAGCCAGAAGGGCUAGGAGUCCUGAACUCCUACUUUGAUGACACUGAAGAAAUGCAGGGGUUUGGGAUAAUGCAGAAGACAUCUUCCAUGAAAGUGCACUGGGGCACAUGGCUGGUUUAUGAAGAGCCUGGGUUUCAGGGUGUCCCCUUUAUCCUGGAACCUGGCGAGUACCCUGACUUGUCCUUCUGGAACACGGACGUCGCAUUCAUUGGAUCCAUGCGGCCUCUGAAAAUGGGUGGCCGUAAAGUUGAAUUCCCUUCAGAUCCAAAGGUAGUUAUUUAUGAAAAGCCUUUCUUUGAGGGAAAAUGUAUGGAAUUAGAAAUGGAAAUGUGUAGUUUUAUCGCGGAAGGGAGUGAAACGGCAGAGACUGCUGACGAGCCUGCGCCACUCGCCUCGGUGGGGUCCUUGAAGGUGCUCCGCGGCAUCUGGGUUGCCUAUGAAAAGCCUGGAUUCGCCGGCCAUCAGUAUUUGCUUGAAGAAGGAGAGUACAAGGACUGGAAAGACUGGGGCGGUUACAGCGGGGACCUCCAGUCUUUGCGACCUAUAUUAGGUGAUUUUUCCAAUGCUCACAUGAUAAUGUACAGUGAGAAGAACUUAGGAUCCAAAGGUUCCAGUAUUGACAUAUUAGGAAUUGUUGCCAAUUUAAAGGAGACCGGAUACGGAGUGAAGACACAGUCCAUUAAUGUGCUGAGUGGAGUGUGGGUAGCCUAUGAAAACCCUGACUUCACAGGAGAGCAGUAUAUACUAGACAAAGGCAUUUACACCAGUUUCGAGGACUGGGGAGGGAAAAAUUGUAAGAUCUCUUCUGUUCAGCCCAUAUGUUUGGAUGCUUUCACGGGCCCAAGGAGACGAAAUCAGAUUCACUUGUUUUCGGAACCCCAGUUUCAAGGUCAGAGUCAAAGUUUUGAAGAAACAACAAGUCAAAUUGAUGAUUCAUUUACUACCAAGUCUUGCAGAGUUUUGGGAGGCAGCUGGGUUGCAUAUGAUGGAGAAAAUUUCUCUGGUAACCAGUAUGUGCUGGAAGAAGGCCACUAUCCAUGUCUCUCUGCAAUGGGAUGUUUGCCUGGAACAACUGUGAAGUGUCUUCGUUUUAUAGAUGUUGAAUUGUCUGAGCCGACCAUUAUUCUUUUCGAAAGAGAAGACUUCAAAGGAAAAAAGAUGGAACUUAGCUCAGAAACAGUGAACCUCCGAUCCCUAGGAUUCAACACGCAGAUCCGCUCCAUUCAGGUGCUAGGUGGCAUAUGGGUGACUUAUGAGUAUGCCAGCUACAGGGGUCGGCAGUUCCUGCUGUCACCAGCGGAAGUACCUAACUGGUACGAGUUCAGUGGCUGUCGCCAAAUAGGUUCUCUACGACCUUUUAAUCAGAAACGAAUUUACUUCCGACUUCGAAACAAAGCAACAGGGUUAUUCAUGUCAACCAAUGGAAACUUGGAGGAUCUGAAGCUUCUCAGAAUACAGGUCAUGGAGGACGUGGGUGCUGAUGAUCAGAUUUGGAUUUAUCAAGAAGGAUGCAUCAAAUGCAGGAUAGCGGAAGACUGCUGCCUGACCAUCGUGGGGAGCCUCGUCACCUCGGGCUCCAAGCUGGGCCUGGCGCUUGACCAGAACGCCGACAGUCAGUUCUGGAGCAUGAAGUCGGACGGCAGGAUCUACAGCAAGUUGAAGCCAAAUUUAGUUUUAGAUGUCAAAGGGGGUGCACAGUAUGAUCAAAAUCACAUUAUCCUCAACACCGCCAGCAAAGAGAAGUUAACCCAAGUGUGGGAGGCCAUGGUCCUGUGAACCCGAGGGAGGACGCAGGAGGAGCGUCUUUGGAGGACUGGCAGCUCUGGAAGAACCGAGAGGAAAGCGGGUGCACACCCUCAGCAGCUCUACACUCCGAACCACACGGCGGCCGGACCAUCCGGCCGGGACGGUCGUCUCGCCUCAUCAGAAGGCUCUAGCAGUUCUAAACCGAUGGCCUGACCUGUUCUUCCUUCAUGUCUUGCCUUUCAUUUCCUUUCAGCAGCUGCUUCAGCAGGUUGCCUCAUUAGCAGCUUUUGGGUGGUUUGAAAAAAUAUCUCAAGACUUUAAGACUACAUACAUUUUAAAUGAUUUCCAAAGAUAGUGGGAGAGAACAGGAACAAAUUUUCUGACUUUGUGGACCUACAAAUCCCUUACACUUUAAAGGGAAGUAUAAAAGCUUAAGUUUGUAAGGUAGAAACUGUUUAGCACCCGAGAAGAAAUUAUAUAUUAGGCCUAUAGUUUUGGUCCUUGACCUUCUGUUUUCUGAAUCAUUAAUGAUGCUGUAUAGCAAACUGGGGAAUUAUAUUCAGGCAUAUUUUAUGGAACUGAAUGAGUAUAAACAAAAAAACUUGUUAAUAUUAAUUAUUAGUAGAUUUAAAAUUUCAUGUCCAUGUCUGCUUACACUUAAUAGCAGGAUUUGAAUUAUUUUAACUCACCCAUGGGGUGCCCCAGAAUGUCCCAAGAAUGUUUCAUGCUUUUCUUGCAAAUGCUACUGGAACAGCAUCAUCAUGACCUAAUUUAUUAGCCCAUCCUCACUCAUCUGUAACUAGUUCUAAAGCAGUCUUAUGCAAUCCUUUGCUAAACUCAGGUCUCUCAGCCCAAUUUCCUGUGCACUAUGCAGGAGGUCUGCCUGGGGCUCCCUUGCCUGGAAACUUCCACAGCCAUGCUCUGGGGACAGCCUCGGGGCUCAGGGUCUGGCGGCCUCAGUGGUCGCUCACUCUGGGUAGCUGAGACCAGAGUGGGGAAGGCUCAGGAGGAGAAGCAGCAAUGCUCUUCUGAAAGUGAAGGGAAGGAGGCUGUGAGUGAUGCUUGUUGGUCAAAUCUUAGAACUCUGAAAACCCUACAACCCAGCAAGCAUUUCAAUGAAAACAAAACGUUUAACUGCUGACAGCAUGCUGCCCAGAUCAUUCGGUGCUAUUCAACCAGUGCGCACUCUUUUUUGGGCAAAACUGCUAAAACAGUCCUUGAAAACACUCUUCCUCUUUCAGUUCUGAUCUAGUUGUCCUUGUCACUAAAUGCUGGUGCUCUUGUCACAUGAAGAACAAACGUUAUUUCCUUUUUAUCUGUUCCAGUGUUUCCAAUUCUAAAAUGUCGAUCCUCUCUUGAGGCUGUGGUAAGCAAUAUGGUCAUCAGAGUAGUAUCUUCAGUUUUAAAAUAACGUUUGUACAUGUCCAGCAGCAGCUGAUGUGUCUGUCUUGUUCUUGGAUGUGCAGCUCAUCACCGUGUGGUGGGGCGACCAUUCGACAGUGCCCUCUGUUGGAUGAAGCUCUUCAAUAAA